AUCACAAUGAUCCCAUUGAAAUUACAAUGAUGAUUUGAUAGGUGUAUUGGACUUUAAAAAUGUCUUUAAACUUAGUCGCAACACCAGCGAUAAAAAGAGCUGUUGUAAAUAUAAAUGAACUGGAUAUAUCAAAGUUUCCCUUACUGUUGACAAGGAUUCUUUCUAAGCUUCAUUUGAAGGAUGAAAGAACUUUCUCAGAAGAGGAGGAGGAAAAACUUCAGUCCUCACUGUCCCUAUCUGAUACUGAACUAGAAUUAGUCAUUCAUACACUGGAAUUCAUCUUACAUCAG